CUGUUAAAACCUAAUGAUAUGCUUUCAUUUCAGGUUAAUAAAAUGGAGUGGUGGAGCAAGAUUGUGUCCACAGAUCCAGAAAUUAACACCAAGAAAGUCUCUCCAGAGAACUCAAAGCUGUCAGAUCUGGACGGAGAGACGCGUGGUAUGGUGGAGAAGAUGAUGUACGACCAGAGGCAGAAAUCAAUGGGUCUGCCGACGUCUGAAGAGCAAAAGAAACAAGACAUUCUCAAAAAGUUCAUGUCCCAGCACCCGGAGAUGGAUUUCUCUAAAGCCAAAUUCAGUUGAGACUGCAAGAGAAAAGCAUCUCAAACAUCCCAUAAUAUCACAUCGGAGCGUCAGGCUCUCCUUACAGGACAGAUUAACAUGUCUCUAACAUGUCUUUAGGUGCAGAGGUUUGCGUGUUUUUGUCAAAAGAUUGAAAUGUUCUCCCUUUGCAUGUCGUCUCAAUAUUUAAAGAUGUGUCUGGAUUUUUUUUAAAUAAAUAAACUUAAAAUCAAAUGAC